ACGCUUACCGUACGCAAAGCGAAUGGAGAUCGCUGUUCACAAUUAAGAUGAGGAACUUUGGCGUUUUUCUUUUCUUUUUGAUGAUAUUUGUAGAUAUUUGCAGCUCAAAAAUGAUAUUUCAAUUCAAUCGGUACCACUAUAAAAAGAAGCCAAGAUCGGAAAACCUAUUCAAACGUGACACAAGAAUGUGUGAGAGUGAGUGCACUUCAUUUGUUGGCCGAGAUCGAACAAAAUGUACUAGGAAAUGCAUCUCGUCAGAGUGCUACGAGGAGCUUUACAGCUGGGAUGAGUUGGAGGAGGGUGAGGUGGACAUAAGGGCAUCAUCUUUCAAAGGUUGUUGGAUGAAGAAGGUCAUAAAUUACCGCUACAGCAAACACCACCUAACCAGUUGAUUAACUGCACAUGGUGGAGUUGUAGAGGCAGGACGUGACUCCUGAGACGGCCGAGGAAGAUUUGAAGAGAGAGAGAAUUGUGUCUGGAUCCAUCUGUGACCACAUGGGAGUUCCAUCUCAUACAGUCGGCAAGGGAAGGAGAAUUGAACAGGGUUGAUCAUGGAUGAGUGAGGAGGAUGAACAAGGUUGAUCAAAGAACAGUGUCUUCAGUGAUCUGACUUCUCAGACAAGUCGGUGAGGGCAUAUUCUUAGAGAGUAUACUAGUAGAGGG